GAAGUUCAGCGAAGUCUUCUCUCGAUUGCGACGACGUAGCAGCACAGCACACGCAAAACAAUAAAAAUCAAGAGACAACGACACAAGUCUCUCUCUCUCUCUCCUCUCUGCACUACUGUCACACACAGGAGUCCUGCUCCAAGACGCGUGACCCCUCGUACAAUGGAGCUACAGCAGUUGUAUCUAUUCCUAUACUACGCGCGCAGAUGACACAAGCGAAGCAUCAUCGGGUAAACGAGCCCGUCGAGACAACGCCAGGACAGCAGAAGUCACCGAAGCGGAGAGUUGCUCGUCUCCUCGAACUGUUGUCGACGUCGACCGUCUCUGUCUACAGCCGCCCACGGAACUGCUGCUCGUUGGUAAAAAAAGUCGCUCUCUUGCUAGUUGCUGUGUAAAAAACACCUUGUUUCGACGCUGGCGCCAUCCGUGAAAAACGGCCGCAAGUGUAUUACAUGUAUAUAUAUAUAUAUAGAUAUACUAUAGGUACACUUGGUGAAGGGCAGGGGAGGGGGUAGGUUUACACAUAUAACGCGAAGCAUGCGGUUACCAGCCAACUCGAAAUUUGUAAACAAAACAAAUGCAGCAGCUGAUGAUGUUCGAGGGAGGUAUAGUGGAGCGACUGUUGUUGUGCGGUGGACUUUUUGUUCGUCGCUGCAGUUUGCCAUAGUUUUUCAUUGUGGCUACAGGGAUGAGUUGGUGCUUCACUAGCUUUCAGUGAAUUGGAUAUACGUAAUUUCUCGCGGUAGCAUAGUAAAGCAAAGAAUCAUUGAAAAUGAUUAAAAUGCCACAUUGGUUGAACAAAACUUCAUUCUCUCCAAAGAAAACACCCACAAGAAAAGCUUCAGUGUCAUUAUCAAGUAAAGAUUUGAGUCCUAAGAGAAUUGAAAAAGAGCUUGGACCCAACAUCGGAGAGAUUCGAAUAUGCUUGGGUGAUCAGCAAGCAGUGUUUGACGGAGGAUUAUGGGUACCAGAAUCUGGCAAAGUUGGUGGAACAUUCAAAGAAAAUGAAAAGUUAAAGAAAGAAGUGAAGAAGUUGGAGGAAGAAAACAACCUGUUAAAAAUAAAAUUUGAACUUUUACUAGAUAUGCUUACGCAGACAACUGCAGAGGCUACUUUGCACAAAGAUGAACUUGAAAGCUUGCGGAGUAAGCUUCACACUGGUAAAAGAGUCGCGACCUGACUCCAUUAAAAUAGUUAAACUUCAAGAAUGUGAUUAUUUCGUUGGAUUUGAAGUAAUUUUAAAAAUAUGUACAAUAUUAUCCUUAGUGAUGUGUACGUUACCCAUUUUGUAUCACAAUUAUUUGAUUAUUGCAAGACUCAAAGCUGGAUUGCUUUUGCUUGUGUUGUAUUUACAUAUUUUCAAUAAAUAAUUAACUUAUUCUUAUAAAAGUUUGAAAAUUCUUCAAAACUAAGACCCACUAGGAAAAUGUGAUCAACAGCACUAGGAUAAAAUUCACGUCAUCUCUUUUCAAUAUACGCAUAUGA